GGCCGCUGUGGCUUCAGGGGUUAUCCAUCAGUACUGUACAGGUAGAGAAGAAGUGUGUCAACAUGUGUGACAUUCCUUCAAUCUUUCCAGGGUCGCAGAGAAUACCAUGUCUUCUUUUUGAUUUUGAUAUGUAAAAACAAACUUUAGAUACAUAAUGUUGGGGGGUUAAAUUGUAAACCCUCCCCUGGUAUGCUACAUUUGGUUGAGUCUAGAGAUCCAGCAGAUCCAAGAUGGCGUACUGAGCAGCUAUGUGCUGAAGUUCACUUUUAACUCCAAACGCUGAAGCUCGUUAUCCUCCGUUUCUUUUGUUGGAUUGUUGUCUGUUGAGAAAGAAUACUGGGGUCUUCCAGAUUUGGAUUAAAACAUUUUCGGAUCUGCAGUGUUUUCUAGGUUACUUUUUUCUGGGAUGUACAGGGUAGGUGGCCUGGGGGGGCUCAGCCCCGAAACACAGACCACCAGCACAGAUAAUUUCACUGCUGAAAGACUACACAAGCCUCUACAGAUGGACACAUCCACGUGUAGAGACUCCUGCACAGCUGCAUGAAAGAGAGAACUGACCAAGCAGCAAAGUUGGACCUGCAACUGAGACGGAGAUCACCUGUGUUGGUCUUAGCGUUUAUUGUGCCAAUGUCAAUUUCUAUUUCUAUUUCUAUUUACGAUCCCCUAAUAUUGACAUUCCAUUAAACGGAUAAUCCUCUAUCCUCCCCUAUUCCAUUCAAUGAUUGGAGAGUAUAUUUUGCGCUAGCUAGAAGUGGAGAGCAGGUAAUGGAUGAUGCUGGCCAUGGUGACCUAGUGUAAAUGGCUAUUCCUCAGCACAGUUCAGUGCCAGUCUCUACUGCUCAAUCUUCCUCCUCCACUCCCCCCUCCUCUCCCCCCUACUCCACCUCUCUGCUCUCCUUCCUUGUUCACUGCUGCUGCUUGUUGCCCAGUCCUGCCUCUCCCCUCCAACACCAUGGUAGGUGCAGGCUUGGGUGUGUGGAAGCUAAUGAGAGGUGUCCGCCAGCUGGAGCUUCACCGCCUUAUCCUGGCACUUAUCAUCUUCUGCUUACUGUCUAUGGCCUUCCUAGCUUACUAUGUUUCCAACAGCCCCAAAAUCAAGGAGGCCCCCCCUUUACCCUUCAGUGACUGUGGUGGAGGAGGUGGUAUGUCACCAGGAGCGAGUACUGGGGCUGCUGGAGAAGGUCCAGGUAUCCAGAGGGCACCGCUUUUCCUUCCGCAGCGCCAGGGUCGACUACGACAGGUAAAGGCGGUGGACCAUUCCAGGACAGAACCCGUAGUGCUGGUGUUUGUAGAGAGCAUCUACUCCCAGCUGGGCCAGGAGAUUGUAGCCAUAUUAGAGUCUAGCCGCUUCCACUACCGGACAGAAAUAGCUCCUGGUAAAGGAGACAUGCCCACAUUGACGGAGCAUAACCGUGGGCGAUACACACUGAUCAUCUAUGAAAAUGUGUUGAAAUAUGUCAAUCUGGAUGCAUGGAACCGUGACUUGCUGGACAAGUACUGUGCAGAGUAUGGAGUAGGUGUCAUUGGCUUUUUUAAAGCUAAUGAAAACUCUCUUCUCAGUGCACAGCUCAAAGGUUUCCCCCUCUUUCUUCACUCACACCUGGGACUCAGGGACUAUCGCAUCAACCCCAAUGCUCCUCUACUCUACAUCACCAAGCCCAACCAGGUGGAGCAGGGUUCCUUACCAGGGGAUGACUGGACCAUUUUCCAGUCCAACCACUCGACCUAUGAACCAGUGCUUCUGGCCAGCACCAAGUCCUCUGAGGCACUGACACAUUUUGGACCCAGCCCCUUGCGGGCCCUCCACGCCACAGUAGUCCAGGACUUGGGGCUCCACGAUGGCAUUCAAAGAGUUCUCUUUGGGAACAAUCUCAACUAUUGGCUUCACAAGCUGGUGUUUGUAGACUCCAUUGCCUACCUGACGGGUAAGAGGCUGUGUUUGUCCUUGGACCGCCACAUCCUAGUGGACGUGGAUGAUAUAUUCGUUGGCAAGGAGGGAACCCGUAUGAAGGUGUCGGACGUGGAGGCGUUGCUCAACACUCAAAACAAGCUGAGAGCACUGGUCCCUAAUUUCACCUUCAAUUUGGGAUUUUCUGGAAAGUUCUAUCACACAGGUACUGAUGAAGAGGAUCGGGGAGAUGACAUGCUGCUGCAACACAGGAUGGACUUCUGGUGGUUUCCUCACAUGUGGAGCCACAUGCAGCCUCACCUUUUUCACAACGUCAGUGUCCUGGCUGAGCAGAUGAGGCUCAACAAGAUCUUUGCCCAGGAGCAUGGCAUCCCAACAGAUAUGGGCUAUGCAGUGGCUCCGCACCACUCUGGGGUUUACCCAGUUCACAGCCAGCUCUAUGAGGCCUGGAAGUCUGUGUGGGGCAUCAAGGUGACCAGCACUGAGGAAUACCCUCACCUGAGGCCAGCUCGAUACCGCCGCGGCUUUAUCCACAAUGGGAUCCAGGUCAGUCCAGAGGCCACUUGCAUUGCAGUAAUGUUCCCACUGGUCAACCUUUCUCCACACUGA